AUGACAUUUUUGUACGAUUUCUUUCCAUCAAAAGCUGAAGAAGAAGCAUGCAAACUUAACAACACUCCAUGGAUAGUAACAAUGCCUGAAAAUAAGCCUUUGAUGACCACAAAAAAGACAUUCUUUUACAAUUUCUUCAAAUCAAGAAUCGAUGAAGAAGCGUGUCAAUUUAAAAACACACCAUGGAUAGUGGCUCGACGACGUAUAAUAGAGAUAAGGGACAUGUACCCUCCCCCAAAAAUCGACUUAAAAACCCCGUGGCAGAUCAAGAAAAAGAUUACUCGCGACGAGUUUGCUCUUAAAAGGCUUGUGAUCCCAUUUUUCGAGACAUUUGAGUACGUUGUUCGAAACUGGAAGCGAUUUGAUGUUCAGAGUUUGGUUAACGGGGUUGGGAGGGGUGUUAGCAUAUGGGAUGUAACUGAGAAGAAUGAUCCUAAGAUGACGCGUGUUAGUUUUAAGAAGCAGCUGUGUAAUGAUGACUAUUUUCUAUCGUGUAUGGUAUUGUUCGAUGAUCGUGGAUUGAGUGUUGGUGAUAAAAUUGGACUAUAUUGGGAUCCGAGGUCUUCAAGUUUUAUGUUCAAAUUGUUUUCUCAGGCUGGUGAAUUAUUAAACUCAAUGGGUAGUAACAAUUGA